AUUAUGCAACCGAAAGUUUAUUAAUUCUAUUGAAAUUGCGAAACUCCGCCUCUUCCGUAUGCACAAUUGCGCCACAACCUCUUAGGCAAUCACAUGAAAAUUGACUCUUCGUCGAUCUUCGGAAGAAAGUCAAUCGAAGAGCAAUGAUGUCCAAUUCACAUAAAAUGAGGCCUUUUCUUGUUGCAUUCUUAAGAAACCACCCACCUGUCCUUCAGUCGGUCUUGUCAUCACUCAAAGUAUCACCAUUCCUGCUCAGACAAAUCCUCUACGAUGCAGGUUCGAACCAUCUACGCUCUUGUUGCUUUAGCUGUCCUCAACCUUGUUCAGUGUGUUUCGUUGAACAAGCGUGUGCAAUCCAAUGCGCCCGGCUGGGAUCCACGAUCGACACCAUUCCCUCCCGUUCGCAGAGUAGAUGCUGUGUUCCAAUAUCGCUCUGAAGCGGCAAAAGGCAAUGUUUCAGUCCCCGAUCCAUACAAUUGGUUUGAGAAAUCCGAUGCAAGUGACUUUAUCCAAGCGCAACUUGCAUUCACUAAGACGUAUCUGAACAAAUUGGAAGAUUUGGAUGCAAUGCGCUCUGCCAUCUCUGCAGCAAACUUUCCCAAAUUUCGUCCACCAAUCGCUUCUGGACCAAAGGAUGAUCCUACAUACGUGUAUUAUUUCAAUGAGGGUGGCUAUUCACUAGGCUAUCUGUAUGUUGCCAAACAAAAAGAUCUUGAUGAAGCAGCAAAAACGCAUUAUGCAACUUUUCCUGGAAACGUUUUGAUUGAUGAAAGUCUAUUAAACGGUGAACUUCUUUGGCUUCAACAACUUUCACCUGAUGGAACAAAACUCUUGUAUACAACAGUUGAUGCAAAAACGUAUGGCAACCAAAAAUUAUUCGUCCGAGAUGUUUCUUCGCCUUUGAUAGAUAAAAGUAAACCAGCGCAAGAGGGUGGUUAUGAUCGUCAUCCUGACAAGAUCACUGAUUUCCAAAUUGGUACCGAAACAUGGUCAGGCGACAGUAAAAGUUUCUUUUAUACGGCAAGCGAUACCUCAAUCAAAUACCACGUCUUGGGCACAGAUGCAAAGGAUGAUAUCGUCGUCGUUCAGCCAAAUAAGGAUAACAAUGGUGGUUGGUGGGUUGAAUUGAGUGAUGAUCAAAAGUUCCUAUUGCUUUCUGGUCAAUCGGACAUUUUUGAUGGUAGUCGAUUUUAUGUGGCUGCUCUUGAUCAAGAAAUUUCAGCUUCGAUGAAUUGGCUCUGCAUUGCGCCUGAUUAUACCUUUGAUUGGGAUUAUGCAACAAACGUUGGCAAUGACUUUUAUUUCAGAACAACAAAAGAUGCUCCAAAUCAACAGAUCGUCCGCUUCGCCCUUGACUUUACAAAAGCUGCCAAGACUGAUAAUGGCUUCAACACUUUCACUCAUGGUGCUGAUUUUGUUGUUGUUAUUCCUCAAAGGACAGAUGCAAAUCUAGCGCAUUACAUCACGUAUGAUAACGAUAAGAUUCUUGCUACUUACGAGAAGAAUGAUGUGUCGGAGUUCACUGCAUACAGUCUAAAGACAGGAGUCAGCCUUCAAUCCUUAGAUUUGGGUAUCUUGUCUACUUCCACCGAAACACAUGGAUACCCUCCUGGCAUAGACGUUUACAUGCAGGCUUCGUCCUUGAAUACGCCUGCUCAACUUUACCACCUGAGAUGGAACCGUGGAACAAGCAAGUUCACAUCUGAACUCGUUUACCAACAAAAGAAUAAAGCAAUAGACCCAGCAAAGUAUACUGUAGAACGUCAAUGGGUUUCAAGCAAGUCAGGUGACGUCAAGAUCCCAAUCUUUGUUCUUUAUCGUAAAGGCUUGAAGCUUGAUGGCACGCAUCCUGUGAUCAUCAACUUUUAUGGUGCCUAUGGAUACAUCCUCGAAUCUUCUUACGAUCCUCAGCAUAUGGCAUUUGUGCGUAGUUACGAUGCAGUGUAUAUUCUCGCGGCACCACGUGGUGGUGGGGAGUCAGGUGAUGAUUGGCAUAAAGCAGGUCAAUUGCAAAACAAACAAAACACGUUUGAAGACAUCAUCUCUGUUGCUCAAUUUGCUAUUGAUCAGAAAUGGACAAGUCCAGGAAAAGUGAUCCUCGAUGUUGAAUCAGCAGGGGCUUCUGCAGCUGCAGCCAUUGUUAAUCAGGCACCCGAGGGAUUGUUUGGUGCUUUCAUUGGAACACGUGGGUUGUAUGACAUGUUGCGGUCCGAUCAAUCGUCAAAUAAAGUUGCUCGGGCUCUCGAAUAUGGUUCACCUUCCGAUCCUAAAGCUUUCGAUUGGUUGCGCAAAUAUUCACCAUUACAAAAUAUUGAUCCUAAAAAAGCAUAUCCUACCAUUCUCCUCUACCCUCCCCAAGGUGACGGAGGCAACGGUGGCGAGCCUUGGCACACUUACAAGUAUGUCUCUGAGCUGCAACAUGAUUUACCCAACAAUCCAAGCCCGAUCUUAUUAGGUAAUGGCACUGAUACGCAAGACGAACGUAGCGCAACUGCCUUUGCCCUGGCCGCGCAUACAAUCGGCCUCAAGUUGGUGAAAUGAUUCAUAAAGAAAUGUUUAAUCAUGAAAUGCCAUC